GCACAAACAAGAGCAUGGCCUUAGCCUUGCAGGAGUGAUAUUACCAUCACGAUCAUUUUAGUUCUCGAAAUAGAAAGGAAGGCGUCCAGUGGCGUCAGUAUUGCCACAGUUUAGUGUCAGUGCGAUGAAGCGUUGUGUAUCAUUAAAAAUCGAAAUCUCAACAAUAUGACAGAUUUCAGUGAGAAUUUAUUGUGUGUUACUCAUCACACAACUCAACUCAAGGUUGUGUAGUAGUUGAAAUUUUAAAUAAAUUAUUACUUAUCUUUGGCCUAAAGAUAAAACUCAAAAAAAAAAAACAAAAAAAAAAAAAAAUGUCUUUAGAAGAUAUGAAACUAUUGGAUAGUGACAAUAGCACAAAUGCAUUAGAUGAUACAAACAAUAUAUGGGAACAUAUAACUGAUACUUAUCUUCAAAUGUUGGCUUUCAUUUUUGGACUGAUUAUUAAUAUAAUCACAAUUUUCGUUAUAGGAAGAAAGAGACUUGUACAAAAAACCAAUUUUUACCUCAUUAGCCUUACCGUCUCUAAUAUAGUUAUUUUAAUUUUAAAUGUUAUUAAAGAAUACAAAAUUGAUAGUCUGCAUCAGACUUACAUUGAAUGUAAAACAUUUCCUUACUUGCAACAAGUAAUGCUGUGUGUAAUUGUAAUGCAUUUUUUAAUUUUAAUUAUUUACUGGCAUAAAUAUACCAGUCGUUUAGAACAUUCAAAAUUGUUUUUGAAGCAAAACCAAGUCAUAUUGCUUCUAAUUUUGUUAAUUAGUUUUAUAAUUGCCAGUCCUUUUUCAUAUUUUAAUGUUAUUUAUGUGAAACAUUUUGCAGAGAUAAAUGAACAAUCUGUGUGUACACAAACAAUGCCAAAAUAUGUUCAAGGUAUAUGGAUAAUGAUUUUCUUUAUUGUUCCAAUGAUAAUUAUUUUGAUAUUAUUUUUUGGUAUAAGAAAAAAUAUUCGUGAAAGUAUUCAUACAGCUGGAUAUUCUGCAAAUCAAGAUGAAAUUAAUUUUAAUUUAAAGCAAAUUUCUUGGAGAAAAAAAGCAGUUACAUUUUUAUUAUUGGCUGUAGCAACACUUUUUGUUUGUAAAUUUCCUGAAGUUUUUUAUACUUUAAUUUCAUGUCAUUUUACCUUAGCCUCUGAUUCAAGAUGGAAUUCAUUUUAUACAGCGUCUUCAUAUAUUUAUACAGCAGCAAGUGCCAUACUUUUUAUAAUGACUAGUAUAAAAGCAAAUUCAUUGACAACUAUGAAAUGUAAUCAAAAAAUUGAUUCACCAAUUCAAAAUGAAUCUCAAUCAAUGUCAAUUAUUGUUGAAGAAAAUAAUCAUCAAUGAAAUUUUUUGAUCUUAUUUUAAAUAUUGUGUAGAUACAAUUUUUUUUUUUUUAACCGAAAAGACAGCUACUAUUGUGAUUCUUAGAUCUGGUUAUUUCUAUGUAUAUACAUGACAAUAUAAUUGUUUUUUUUUUUACAAUCAUGUAACAUAUUUGUCUUAUGUAAAUAAAUGAAAAUGUUUUUUUUUUU